UUUGUAACGAUUGGGUCUUGUUUUUUGUGCGGAUGAGGCGGGCUUGUUAGCGCCAUGUUGAGUCUUUUGAGUGACAGUUAGUGCAAAAGUAUGGAGGGGACCGACGAGGAGCAACGUAAGAAGAAGCUGCAGGCCGGCCGGGAGAAGCUUGCUCACUUCAGACAGCGCAAAACAAAAGGGGAAAGCUCAAAGGCGCAGAAAAAGGCGCAGAAGAGGAAGACUAAGGCUGUGCACCCGAAUGACGUUUCGAAGGAGGAGGACGCGUUAGUCAAAGUAGAGUAUGCAGAGAGGGACAAUGUGUCUGAAGACGUCACAUCGGAGAGCAUGAACAGUUUAUUGCAUGCGCCUGAAUAUCAGGACAAGAUGACAGACUUGGAAUCUAGACUUGAACUGACAGAUGACAUUGCAGAGGGGGUCUUGGAGCUACAAACUCAAUUGGAAGAUGAUCUGUCAACAGAUCUCCUACAUGAGGUGAUGCAGACGGCUAUUCGUGAUCGGGAUGAUAUCAUAACUCAGUUAUCCAGUAACUUGCAAACAGCUCUACUGAGUCGUGCGGAAGUAGAAAAGGAGACUGUAGGCUUUUCCAGUCAGAUCCACGCGAUUCAAAGUCAGCUUCAAAAUGCAAAUAAGUUUUUAAAAGUCAAAAGUCCAGGAAAAAGGGAGUUGUAUGAAGCUCAACAACAGUUUUCUGUGCUUCAGAACAGUCUCUUGAACCAGACAGAGCGCAUGUGUCAGUUAGACCAAAAAGCACAAGAACUGGAAAAGGAUUUGGAAACUGCUCAGAAGGAAACUAAAGAAAAUGAGAAUAAAGUGGCACAACUUGAAAAUUUGAUGCAGGAGCAACAGUCGAGACUCGAAUUCUUACAAGAAGAGCUGGAAAAGUCUGAAAAUUCAGUGUGCAACCUGCAGCAAGAACUUUCUGAUAGAAAUCAGGAAAUCACGCAGCUUCAACAUAAGGUUACAGUGCCCAUUCAAUCAGUAUGGUCCUACAGCAGUCUUGAUGGGGACAUUGGAGGUGGUGGAGAAUCCACACAUAAUGCCAGUAACAUGGACACGGAGUCACUAACUGCACUAGUUAUAGAUUUAAAAGAAAGACUUGCAGAAUCAGAAACCCUUCGGGAGAGUUUACGCAUGAAGAUGGAAGAACAAAUGCAGGCAUUCGAAAUGGAAAGAUCUUCCUGGGAGCAAAAGCACAAUGACAUGGUGGCAAAUCUUACUCUUAAAUUGCAAGAAGCAGAAGAGAUUGCAGCCCAGGACAAACACGAGAAAGACCAUUUGAACCAAGAGCUCCGUGAUCUUAAAAAUAAUCUGAAAGUGGAAGCUGAAAACAGCAAAGCCUUGAAACUGCAGCAUGAGAGAGACUUGCAUAUGUAUGACGUUAAGCUACAGAGCUUGGAAGAAGAUAAAACUAAACUGAACCAACAGCUGGCUGGUACCUGGAAACAUCAGGACACAGAAGAGGUUGUUGAUAUUAAAAUAACUGAUAAAGAUAUGAGAGUGGAUCAUUUUAGACAUGAGUUAGAAGAUCUUAAGAAAAACCUGAGCAGAGUUAAAGCCAGAAAGGAACUUGAGAAUUCUAAAGCAGUCCAACUUCACAAAGCAGAAGAUGAAGUUUCUACACCAGCUUUUACGUCACUGGACAAAUACCUGAUCCCAAGCCUCUCGCAUGAGAAUUUGGAUUUUAACAAUAGCGAAGAUGAAUGCAGAGACCACAGUAAAUUUGAGCUUGAUAGUGACUUUAUACUGGAACAAAGUUUGAACUCUACCUUUGAAGGAAAUAUCAAUUUUCUUUCUUCUCCAAUGCCGAUUACUGGUGUUCUAGCAGGUGGUGCUGCCUUAGGAACUCUUUUAGACCCAGAGUCCUUUGCUAUUUAUCUUUCCGGUAAUACGAAGCCUAGUGAUAAUGCUGAACUUAGCCCCGUGCCAGCAGACAACUUGGUUCAAAAAUGCUCAGCUUUAAAGGAGAGGCUUCAGGUCAAAGAAGAACAGUUACAGGCGAGCUCUGAGGCUCUAGCUGAAGCUUUACAGAAGUGGAGAGACGUGACAGCCGAGCUUGAAGCUGCAAAACUAGAACUGGGACAGGCAAAUAAGAAUGAACACUGGGAAGAGCAACAGAGAAUGUUAGAGGAAAUAAAGUCCGAGAGGGAUGAUCUAAGAAAGCACAUAACUGAUCAAGAACAACUUAUGAGAGAGGUCGAGGAGCAGAAAUCUGUGAAUGAGGAACAUUUAGCCCAUCUUGUAGAGGAGAAGACCACUCUAGAAAAAAGGCUGGCUGUAGUGGAGAAAGAGCUGGAAAAGACCCUUGAACUGUAUAAAAAUCAAGAGAUUAGCCAUCUUAAUCUUGGGCAGAAUUUGCAGAACUCUGAAGUGGCUCGAGAGUCUGAACGUCAGGAUUUUGACAAUAAACUAAACGCCAAAGGUGUAGAGCAGCAGCUACUACAAGAAUCAAUUUGGGCUAAGGAAACUGAAUUCCUUCAGAGGGAGGAGAGCCUGCGGGAGGAAGUUUGCUUACUAAGGCAGGUAAAGGAAGAUCUAGAGAACAAGUUGCGAGAGGAGGUUAAUCGUCUGAAUGCAGAGUUUGAAAAGCAGAUGGAGGUUUCUGGAGAGAGCUGGAGGGAGCAGAUUGCAUUAAUAAAUCGGGAGCAUGAAAGCAAAAUUGUCCUUCUCAAAGAUGGUCACGAGAAAGAACUACAGAAGACGUGUUCAGAACGGAGCGUGGAGAAACAGCGACUGGAGGAAAUUAAAGUACAGCUAGAGAAAGCCCAUCAUAUAGAGACUGAGCAGAUCCAGUCAGCACAUCAUAUGGAAAUGGAAGCCUUGCGUCUUAGUCUGAACAACAUGCACACUGCACACCUUGAACUAAGUCAGUCGAACCUACUCAAAGAGAAGGAGGAUGCCUUGGUACAGCUACGUGAACAGCUGAAUGGAAAGUGGGCACAAGAUCUAGCAAUUCUCCAGGGCAAGAAUCAGUUUGACAUGGAGCAUUUGCGUGUUGAGCAUAGUCGGGCUCUAGAGAGUUUACGAGACGAGCUUUCAAAGGGAAUGUCGCGGCAGGAACACAUGAAGGAAAUUGAGCUUCUGAAGGAAAAACGUGUCGCGGAAACCUUAGAAUUGGAAGGAAGGCACAGGAGAGAAAUUGAGAUGAUGCAGAAGAUGUAUGAAGAUGGAAAAUUGGAAUUCAAGCAGAAAGAAGAGAUGCUACGAGAGGAGCUGGCCCAGAAGUUUGAGAAAAAGACAGAGGAACUUAAAUUGGUGGAAGAGGAAUAUUUAGUUAAGUUGUCAAACUUAAAAGAACUACAUACUGUGGAGAAAGAUGAGAUGCUCACUCUGCAUCUGGAGGAGAAAAACCUGUGGGAAAUAAAGCAAGAUACACUCUGUCAAGAGCUCAAAUCUAAUGUGGAGAAAAGUGACCUGCAUAGAAAGGAGAUGUUAAAUUUAGAAGAACAAAAUGAUGAGAGGACUGCAUUGAAAGAAACCAUCUCUAAACAUCAUGAAGAUCUGGAACGGAUGCAGGAAGAACGAUCAGACACCUUACAGCAAAAUGAAGAACUUUCCAGGCAGAUUGAGGUGCUUUCUGAGGAGCAUGCAAUGAGGAUCUCAAAACUGCAAGAGCAGCAUAAGAAAGACAUAGAAAUCCUGGAGCAGGAUCAUUUUAACCAGAAGCAAGACUGGGGGAGGCAAGGAAACCAACACUCCCUGGAGCUGGAACAACUGAAAAAGGAGCUUUUACAGAUGGUUGAGCUCCAUUCAAAUCAAAUUGACCAGCUUCAACAAAAACACUCAGGUGAGUUAUUGAACAUGCAGCACAUUCACUCAAAAGAAAUAACAGAGCUUCAGAAUCUUCUAACCCUGGAAAAACAGGAGUUAUCAAGGCAGCAGAAUACAUAUCUUCAGGAGAAAAAUGAGUGGGAGAAGCAGACAGAAACGCAGUCAGAAAUUCAAAAAUGUUUGAAUGAACAAAUUUCAUUGCUGCAGGAAGAGCAUUCAAAAGCAGUGAAGCUACUACAAGAGCGACACAACAAGGCAAUCGAAGAAAUACAAGAGCGACAUAUCCUGGAAAAUGAGGAUUGGGAGAAGCAGAGAGACCAGCAUUGUCAGGAAUUGGAUCUCCUGGUCAAUCAGCAUUCGCAAGAGCUGAAACGUAUUGGAGAGGAACUAUUACAAGACUCCUUGUGGAAACGGGAAGAGCAUUCCAAGGAAUUGGAACUAAUUCGAGAAGAAUGUUCUAAACAGAUAUUCGAGUUGCAACAACAACAUCUUAUUGAAAUCCAGAACAUGAAUGAAACCCAUAUGCAAGAGAGAGAACAAUGGAAGAAAGAGGUCAACCAACUCUUGCAGCAAAUAUGUAUUAAUGAAACUCUGCAGCAAAAUGAUAGCAACUUCCAAGAGUUCAAAUGUAUAGAGAAAGAACUGCUUAAAAAAGAGGAUACAGAUUUGGAGGAGCUACAGGAUCAACAUAGGGAGCAGACGGAAGCUGCACACGGGCACCAAGAACAAACAAGCGAGUCCAGUCACCAUUAUAUGGUACCAGACGUGAACUAUGAGAAGGGCAAGGUCAUUCUGCUACAACAGGAGAAUGCAAUUCAGCCAAACGCAUUGCAGAUUAAUUGUAGCGAGGUUAAAAUGGAGUCCAGGGAAGAAAUUAAACUUUUGUGGUCCCAGAUUGACAGGUCCAGAGCAAGUCGCCAAGAACUAAAUGAAUUAAAGGAGCAGCUAAUUGCUCGUUCCACACAGUUAGAAGAAAUUGACAGGAUGAGGAAAGACUUUGCGCAGGAACGGCAGUUGCUUAAAGCCGAAAAUGAAAAGGAGAUGGAAGAGCUUAGAAUUUACUUUGAACAGAAGUCCAGCUCUGCAGAAGAGACGUACAGAGAGGAGCUGAAGAUCCUGCAUCAACGUCUUCGAGAAAUGAAUGAGGAUGAAAAGGUGGAAAUGACUUCUUUGAACUGUUCUAUGACUUUAGAAGAUUCUUUUGAAAGUGAAAGGCUAGAUCUUCUGCAACAUUUGACACUCCAGCUAGAGGAACACAAGGAUGAGCUUGCUUAUUCGCGACUUCAGGUUGAAGAGAGGCACAAGCAGGAGCUGGACAACCUACGUGCAGCGCUUACGUUGCAGUAUAAGGAAGAUAUGUUAAACCUAAGGAAUGACUUGUUGGAAAAAUAUUCUUCUGAGAUUGAGACAUUUAAGAAGAAGCACUGUUUAGAGCUAGAGCAGCUGAGGGCCCGAUUGUCUGAGGAGCAUACCAGAGGCAUAACAAGGGUGCAACUUCAGAACAUCCAUGAAGCUACGUGGCAUGGUGAACAAAUUGAAAAAACACAGACUUUGGACCAAAAUGAUCAGAACUUGGAUGCAGAGUGUCCAUGUGAUGAAGGUGUAAAGAGUUCAGAGUUUCCCUUCAGUGAUCGUUGUGUACCUUUAAAACCAGAGAAGAAUGCUAAAAUGUGCCAAACAGAUUUUGAGUUUGUGUCAGAUUUUGGUGGUGGAAAACAGGAGCAAGAUAAACGGCUGUCACAGCUCGAAGUAUUGCAGACUCUGCAUGCUAAGGAGCUGGCAGAUGCCAGAGAAAAGGUGGCUAACGACUUGGAGGAAAUUACAAAAAGAUUGAAAGAAGAGAAAGAAAAUGCACUAAAGGAAGCUGAUGACAUGAUUGCCCAAAUACGUGUGGAAAAUGCAAGCCUCCAGAAGGAUCUCCUGAGACAGCCGCUAAUAAGAACAGUCUCUGUGGAGUAUAAGGAGGUUGGUAAUGAUGAUCCCAACCUGCAGUCAGAAGAGAAUCACAUUUCUUGUAUAUCUGAGGAGAAAAGCGAUCAAGAAUCUGGUGUUGGAGACUUGCCCCUGAAAGGUCCAGAUACAGAGAAAAAUACUGUCUGUUCAUCCAAUCUGUGUUCUGUUGGUGAUCUUAAUGCCUGCUUGUCAGAGCUGCAAAGCCUUCACAACAACGAAUUGUACACUCGGGUAGCCGAGUUGCUCCAAAAGCAUCAGGACGAACUGCGCGUUCGUGAGCGAGACAACGAAGCACACAUUCAAAGUCUAGAAGCUUCACAACUGGUAAAGCUGGACACUUUGGAGUCCUCCUAUUUGACAGAGAUACAGAAGAUCCGAGAUGAACAUGCCCUUGCGGUGGAAGAUCUGGAGAAGUGCUUGUAUAAUAAACUCCAAGAGAAGGAAAAAGAGGUUCAAGACCAGUUGGAAAAGUCCAGGGUGCAGUGGUUACAACAGCAAGAGCUGGAACUGCAACAUCUACGCCAAGACCUGGCAUCAGUACACUUGGAAAAAUUCCAGGCUAUGGCACAAGAGUUGGAAGCUGCCCACAGGGAUGACCUGAGACAGAAGCUUGAGCAGCAGCUUUUCCAACUAGAGGAAGAAAAAAAACAGGCCUUGGAUAUCUUACAAGAGGAAGUUCUACGAAUGGAAGCUCAGAACCGGCUCGCUGUGCAAGAGCUUCGUGACCUGCACAAAGUAGGAGUUGAUCAUCAAACCGCUAGACUGCAGGAAGAGGUGAAGAAGGUGACCGAGGAGCUUCAAAAACAGGAGCUGUUUAUCGCAGAUCUUACAUGUGAACGGCAGUCCUUGUCCACAGAACUGCAGAGAAAGUCUGAGCAGCAGCUGCAGUUCCAGGAGGAGAUAGAGUUAUUGAAGUGUCAGUCAGAGAUGUUGCUGGAACAGCAAAUCAAUCUCCUAAAAGAUGAAUUCAGAGCAGAGAAAAGGUCUGCAAUACAGGAGCUUGAAGAACAGUUUGGUAGAGACCUUGAGAAGGUGAGAGCUGAGCAUCAGAUGGAGAAGGAUGACUUUAAGAAGCAGCUGGAAGAUAAAAACACACUAGUGUUACAGCUGCAGGAGAAAGUCACUGCUUUAACUAAGGAAAUGGAUGCUUCGCAGUCUCAGAUGGAUGUCCUUGUGCAGAGGAGAGAGAGAGAAAAUCAGGAAGGAGACCACUUGGUGACAAUGCUGCAAUCGGAUGUGCAAACAGCACACCAGGAACAGAGAAAGUUACAAGACUCCUGUCAGCGGUUUCUGAAGAUUUUUACAGAUGUUCUUAAAAGCACUUUGGUCACCGAAGAUUUAAUCAGCAAAAAGAUUGGUCUCUGCUUGGACAACAGCUUGUCAGCUGAUGAUGAAAAAACUAUUGAGACCUUUGCAAAAUCCUCAGAUAAAAAUCGCCUGAGCCCAGAUUGCGAGACUAUGACUGAGAACAGUCUGAUGUCUACUGAUGAAGGCUACGAGCUGUCUGAAUACCUGUGUGACAGCAUACUUGGUAGCUUGGAAGUAGGUCUGGAGAAUGAAGAGAAGAUAGUUCGCAUGGGCCACCGUUUGCGUGCUGCAGUUGAGCGGCUUCUGGACAUGGUUACUGAUUCUACCCUUCAGUUAGAACAGACCCGCGAAAUGCAGAAGUGUUUGGAGGAUGAGUUUAAAAGCCGGAACCAAGAUAUGGCCCAAGUGGUGAUUCAGAAUCAGGAUCUAUUGAAACAGUUGGAAAAAGAGACGGAGGAAAAGAAGCAACUACAAGUGGAGCUGCACAAAUCCCGGGGACUUACUGAAGGCUUUGCACUUGAGAAAACUGCACUAGAAGAAGCAUUGUUGUCCAAGGAGACAUCGGAGCACCAACUCAUUAUUGAACUGGAUAGGUCACGUGAGCAGCACAAGAUCCUGACACAAGAACCCUCUGUAUCUGGAAAGGAGAAGGAAGUGUUGCAGAGACUACAGGAGGUCUUGUCUGGCAGCGAGAUUGAAGCUGAGCUCCUUCAAGAAACCGAACGAUUGUUAAAGGAAGAGCUAGAGUUGCACUGUCAAGCAAAGCAAGACCGCUCAAACCUGAUUUCUCAGAUGAAAAUGUUGGAAAUGGAACUAGAAGAGCAAAUGGCUCGUAACCAUGAGCUUAUGAAGAAAACAAGUGAAAUGUCUGACCUUCGACAGCAAAUCCAAUCUCUAGAGAAGCAACUGAAGAGCCAAAGGCAUUUCAUGGAUGAGCAAGCAAUAGAGCGGGAGCAUGAGAGAGAUGAGUUCCAGCAAGAGAUUAGAAAUCUAGAGGAGCAGCUGAAACAGACAUUGAAAGGUCAUGGCGACUCUAAAGGAUAUGGACUCCAUGACUGGAGUGCCCAGAUUGAGAGUUUGGAGGCUCGUAUGAAAGAGAAAACUGAUGACUGCAAACUACUGCUUCAGGGAAGAGAGCAUUUGGAGCAGCAGAUUUCAGAAGGAAAUGAAGAAAUAGAUAAGAUGUUGGUAAGAAUACAAGAGCUGGAGCAGGCUGCCCUGAGUAAUGCGGAUGCAGCUAAAAAGUGCAGCCAACUGGAAGCCGAAUUGCUAAAAAUGCAGAAGAUGGAGAAGGAAAUUAUACAGGACAAAGAAGCAUUACAGCAGCAGCAGUACAAUAAUGUACUACAGAUCUCUGCCCUUCAGUCAAAGCUUGAUGAGACCCGCCAUAGAGUACCUGUGGAAGGAGAGCCCGAUAAUCUCUUAAAACAAGAGCUGCAAGCAGAGCGGGAGGCUUUGCAAAGAAAAGAGAGAGAGGCUGAGAGCUUGGUUGAGCAACUAGACCAGUUUAGAGAAGAAUUGAUGAACAAAACAGAGGAAGUCUUCCAGCUUAAUAUGCAGCUGGAUAUCCAGCGUAAGCAGUAUGAACAAGCGAUACAGCAAUCCCAGGAGGAGUAUUUGUGUUUGAAGAAUGACGUGUCAACCAUGCACUUCCAAAAUGCUCCCAAAGAUGGUGUAAGCUCCACCUUGCACCUUCCACAGGCGCUGCUUCAGGAGAAAAACCAAGAGAUUGACCAUUUAAAUGAGCAGAUCUUGAGAUUGCAGCAGGAGGCAUCACACAGUCAAUCUGCAGAAGUGGAGGAAUUGAGAUCACUUGUUGAACUUCUUCAAAGCGACCUAGACAGAUUACGCAAGGACAAGGAAGAGGAAGUUGAGCAGCUCCAUGAAGUCAUUGAAAAAGUGCAACAUGAGCUGGAACAGUUGGGUCCAAACAGGCAUGAAAUCAGUGACAGUCAAGAAAGUUUAGAUCAGCUGGGGCUUGGUCCAGUGGGGAACCUACAACGGGAACUAAGAAAAGGCGCUGAACAAUUACAAGGAAGAAGCACAACACCAGACAGUCUAGAAGACACAAAGUUCUCAUACAAGGCCCAACUGGAAGCUCUACAACAAGAACUGGAAGAGAAAGAAGCUCAGCACAUCACUGAAACUGAGGUCCUGGAAAGGAAUUUACACAAUGUCCAGCAGUCCAGCAAGCAGUAUGAACAAGCACUGGAGGGUCUUCAAAUGCAACAUAGGAAUCUGCAAGAGGAAAGUGAACUUCUCCAGAGUCGUCUGUCAGAGCGAGAAGAACAGAUUGUCAGCCUCUCCUCUAAGCUGCAAGAACUUCAAGACAGAUUAAUGGAGAAGGAUGGUUUUCUUAUGGAAAAAGAGUUAUUAGUUCAGACAAUGCAGGAGGAAAAAACAGCUGAGCUAGCUGAGUCGGAGAAUAAACUGGCACAAAGUGCGUUGUCUCUAGAAGCUGCCAAAAUGGAACUUCGAAAACUGCAAGAAGAAAGUAUAGAGUACAGGCGAGACACAGAGCAUCUGGAGCAACUUCUCAGAGAUUGGGAGGAGAAAGCGAAGAUCCUCACUGGAGACGUGCAGACACAGACUGAUGAGGAUGAAUUUAUGGAAUUGCAAGCAGUACCUGCUUUGGUUGCUUUAAAGGAGCAGCUGAAUACUGCAGAGAACUUGGCAAGUAUGAGAGAGGCCAAUCUUCAUAGUGCACAGACUCAGCUUGCCAACAUGAAGCAAGAACUAGAGGAGUUGCGCGCUGAGUGCGAACAAAAGGACGCAAACGCCCAAGAUGUUCUGCAGCAGCUUCAGAAGCGAGAGAUUUGUGUGGCAGAGUUACAGACACAUUCACAGAAUCUUGGCACUCAGGUUAAGAGAUUGCAAGAUGCUUUGGUCAGCCAAGAAGCCAUGAUUGCAUUGAUGGCGGUGGAUUUACCAAAAAUGAACUCUGAAGAUCUUAAACAUAAGCCUGACCUUUCAAGACCUGGAAAAGCUACAAGCUUCUCUGAAAGCCUUACAGAUCUGAGUACCUGGGACUCCCCUGAAAUGGUUCGGAAGCAAGAGGAAGCAAUACACAGUCUGGGGGCAUUUACUCCCUUCUCUGAACUGAGUAUUGAUCACAGUGCUGAGCUCAUGAGAUCGAAGUCUUCUUGCAUCAAAAGACCUGAACAUUGUGAUCUUUUGGGGUCCAGCACUCCAUCUUUAUCUGGAAGCAAUUUCUCAGCUGAGAGACUUAGUCCGCCAGGAGAUGCUGGACACACAGAUUAUGGUUCUUGUGAUGACCUGAGGAGCUCCAGGGAAGAUCAGAUGGGUUCUGAGAAAUAUGAUGAACUGGAUUACAGACCUGAAGGAGGCUUAAAGUCUGAGCUAAAUUAUAUGGAGAACUUACUUCAUAUUAAACAAACAAUGGAUUCACUGGGCACCACUGGGGUAUCUCCACAGCUGCAGAGAAUGCUGAAUUUGGUGCAUGAGGAAAGCUGCAAAAUCCUCGAGUUGUCUGAACGUCCUGUGGUUAAGUCUGGCGUUGCAGACAGUUCUGAACUUGCGAUUAACAUGGAUACUUGGCAGAAGGAGAAACAGCGCUUGCAAGAAACUAUCCAGUCACUGAGUUCCGCCUUAGCUCAGGCUGCUGACAAAGGAGAGAAGGAAAGCACCACCUUGGACUGGAGAAGGGAUCUGCUACAGAGUGUGCAGGCACUUUUGGAAAGUGAGAGAGAAUAUUUGCGAUUGGAGCUUCAGUCUGAUAUUCGCCAUGGCUCAGGAGACAAAAACUUACUGUCUGAAAGAGUGGAGCAUUUAAUAAAGGAACAGGCGGAGCAGAAACGUCUUGUCCUAGAGCAUGUCCUUGCUGUUGAUCGCAGUAGUCUGCUGUCUGAAAUUCAGGACCUUCGUUCACAGUUGCGUAUGGCCCAUCUGCAAAAUCAGGAGAAACUUCAAAAACUGCAGGAUACUCUUACAAGCACUGAGGAAAAAGGACAUACGAGAGAACAUCAGCUACGCAGACAAGUUGAACUGUUGGAGUAUAAACUACAGCAGGAAACUUCCAUUGCUGAAGACUUAAAAGGAUCUUUGUUACGUGAGAAGGAACGAGCGACGGAACAGUACAAAGUCCUGCUCCAGGAACAGGCAACUAUUUCUCAUCUCCGCUCUGAGCUAGAGGAAAAAGCACUGGAGAUAGAGCGGCUACAAAAAUCUGAAAAGGAACUGCAGAAAGAGCUUCAGGUGGAAACCUCCAAACUGAGAGAUGAACUGGAACAUAAAGAAAUGACUAUGUCUAAUUACAUAAAGACAAUACAAACUGAAAGCCAGAUGGAAAAACAGAGAUUUGUUGAGGAGAAGUCUUUUAUUCAAAGAAGUUUGGCAACAAAGGAGAAAUCCUGGCAGGAAGCCUCAGUAUCUCUUGAGGAGCACCAAAAGCUAAAUGCCAAACUGUCAGCAGCUCUUGCUCAAGAACAAACAUUGUGUAGCAAUCUGAAAAAAGAACUUGAAAUAGAACAGUCUCGCUGUAAAGCUCUUCUUGCUCAGGAGCACAGCAAACUGUCAGAGGCAGCAAAAGAGUUGGAGAAAGAGAAGCGGCACACAUCAAGUCUUUCAAAUACUUUGACUCUUGAGCGUGGAAAUCUUCAACAGCUCAGACAGCAGCAUACCCGAGAACUCUCCAAAAAAGAGGAGGAGAGGCAACAGGAGCACAACUUGGUACUGAAAGUAAAAUGUGAAUUGGAAGACGAGAGGAAGCGUGCUAGGGACCUUGCUGGCAUGAUAGAGAAGACCCAACAGCAGGCCGUACAUGCCAAACGACAACUAGAAUUUGAAGUACAAGCCUGUCGUGAGGAAAUGCAAAGAGAGCGAGAGGCUGGAGUCAAGCUGCGAGCGCUCUUGGAGUCCUUGCAGAGUCAGAAGCAACAACUGGACGGUGUUUUGGAGCAACAGAGAGAACGUGAACUUUGCCUGCAGAAGGAGCGUGAUCAGUACCAAGAUAAAGUUUUGAUCCUUAAAGAAAAGGAAAGAACUUGGGUGAAAGAACUUGAACAAGAGUCCAAAAAAUUAAAACAAGUAGAAGCAAGCAAAGUGCGAGAAGAGGAGCAGGAUCGUAAAAUGAUGGACUUACAGUUACAACAUGAACGAGACAAACGUCGUAUUCAGGAACUUCAGCAGAUGCUUGUAGACCUAGAAGAACAAGAACGUGCACUAGCGUCCCGAAAGAGCAGACUCUGGAAUGACAGCAGUACCUCUCCUAAAAACGUUGCUUACUUAACCACCAACAUGCAAAGAGUAUGGCAGCAGUUGGUUCACACUGUGCCACAAGUGAAGAAAUGGGUGCAGAACAAGAGUGACAGAAAACAUGGAGGCUUCCCUGAUGAGGCUGAAGUGACAGCAUUGCUGGACUCUCUAUCAGAGCUGAAGUCUGAACUGCAAAAAGGAUAUGUACAGCAGCUUUCAGAUUCUCCAUCCAGCGUAAUUGAUGUAUUGAAACGUGAGAAUGAGGAGCUUGCAAGCUCUGUAUCACAGCUGACAAAAGAGAAAAUAGAGCUGAAAAGUCAACUAUCCAAACUUGCCAAGAGCCUACAACAAUCGCUCCAGAAGACAAAAGAUCCGGUGCAUCCUGAUGUUGUAGACUCAGUCCUGGAGGCAGAACGUGCUGUGUGGCUUCGUGAAAAGCGCCUCCUACAGAUUGCAUUGAAACAUGCAGAAUCGGAACUGGGGAAAGCAACUCUGGAAAACAGGCCCCUGCAAGAUGUUCCAAAUUCCAAGAUGCAGCGUCUCUACCGAAAAUACCUCAGAGCUGAAAGUUUCCGCAAAGCCUUAGUCUACCAAAAGAAAUAUUUACUCCUCCUCCUUGGGGGCUUUCAAGCAUGUGAAAAGGCAACCCUGUCUCUGAUUGCACGCAUGGGUGUAUAUCCUUCUCCUGCGGAUCUGCAGAUUCCCAGUAAAUGCCAGUCUGGCAUCGGAAAAUUUCGUUCAGCUGUGAGGGCGGUCAUUGCCAUUUCUAGGUUAAAGUUCUUGGUCAGGAAAUGGCAUAAAGUAAAUCGUAAAAGUGGUGGUGAAGAUUCAGGGACACGGCAAGUGCCAGUGAACAAAAUGGAUGUUUUACAACAGCAGAGUGGUACAACACUGAGCUCCCCUCCAACCCGAGACCUGCCAUUUAGCAUCUUUCGCAGUCCGAAUACUAGUACCGGUACGAUAUCUGUAAAGCCAUCACAGUGGACACCAAAAUGGGCCGGACACUCCCCAGCCUUAACCACUGAAAGAUCUUGCCACUCUUCUCAAGAUCCUGAGCAAUCUAUUACAGAGUAUAUCCACCAUCUGGAGCUGGUCCAACGAAGACUGGGCGGACUUCAGAAUGGUCCCUCACUAGAACAAACUCAUGGUAAAUAUGCCUGGAAAUGAGGCCAUCGAUCCUUUUUCCUGCUUUUAUUUUUAAUAUGCAAAAACUAAUUUUGUAUUUUUCUACUAUCAAUAAAUCUAUUUAUACACUUAAUAUUUUAGUACUUUGUAUAAAGUAUGUUUGUUUGUUUUUUUAAUGUAAUAAGUUUGUAUAUGGAGGAGAGCACAAUCACUUAAGUCUCGGUUCAGAGAGACUCCUUAAUUUGAGUGAUCACUGGGUGGUCAAUGCUUUUUAUGUGUUAUAUUUUUGUCAUUUUGUAAAAAAUAAAUCAUUUAUCCACAUUUAUUUGAUA